AACGGAGCGGGCGGUUAGUCUGCGCGGUUGCCCGUGAGGAGAGCUGGUCUGCUCCGUUCGUUGCUCCUGCCGCCGCCUUCGCUGCCUCUCGCCAUGGCCCAGAAGCAAAUCUACUAUUCCGACAAGUACUUUGACGAGCAGUACGAGUACCGGCACGUGAUGCUGCCAAGAGAACUUUCAAAACAAGUGCCAAAAUCCCAUCUAAUGUCUGAAGAGGAGUGGAGACGACUUGGUGUUCAGCAAAGUCUUGGCUGGGUUCACUAUAUGAUCCAUGAGCCAGAACCGCAUAUUCUUCUCUUCAGAAGACCUCUUCCAAAGGAUGAGCAGAAAUGAACCAUUGUCUAUAAAUCUUCUCUUAACUCUUCUGGAACUAUGUAUAUGAGUGUAUAUAAGUUGGUAGUAUUCAGUGAAUACUUUAAAAUGUACAAAACAUGCAUCCAUACCUGUGCAUGAGCUGUAUUAUUCACAGCAACAACGCUCAGUCAAAUGCAAUUCCAAGUAGGCUGCUAUCUUGUUCUAAGAGUGAUGAGUAUAUUCUUUACUGUUACUAUAAGUGCCUCUGGCUUUUAAGUUACUACUUUAAUUAAACUGUGUGGCAUGUUCUGACUAGAGGAUCACUUGUUACCUGUGUUCAGUAAAUUUUGCACUCAGCUGUUCUGCUGAAGUGUAGCAUGUUCAAAUCCAGUGCCUCACUUGUUCAGUAGUAGGCAUAAAGAAAUAAACUGGUUUUGAUGCUUUAUAAAA